UGUUCUAAGGAGCAGAAAACUGUUUCCAAGAACAAUCUCAAAACAUGUUCUAAAUUUUGAAUAACAUGUUUUUGGUCAUCGAGGUUUCAAGAAAAUGGAAAGAUCAAAAGUCAAUUGGGUUAAUCGGCUCUGCAUGAAUGAGGCUUUUAAUUUGUUCAAUCAAAUGAAAUUGAAAAUCUAAAUUCCACAUUUGUAUUUUCCUUCUUUUACACAGAAUUGAGCUUUCAGAUUUGAGAGUGGAUUUAUGUUAAAGAAAAUAUGUCUUUUAGGGCAUUGAAUAUAUCAUUAGUUAAGUAACAUUUAUUUUGAUUUGAACAUUUUAUUGAUGGCUUAUUACCAAAAAUACCAAAUCACAACUUUUGGGGGAAAAUGAGGGGAAAGCAUGGAGAACCAUUCCUUUAUGUCUUUUUUGGACUAUUUGGUAGGAAUGUAAUCACAACUUUUGAAGGAGGGGAAUGUUUGGUUCAAUUACUUAAUGCCUCUCUUAUUUCUACCAUGAUCCUAUGGUGCCUCGAGUUCAUAGAUACUGGCCCCUUGUCUCUGUUUGACUUCGUAGAUUGGUCAGGGACUCCUCUAUUGCAUUUUUAUGUAACUAUGGUCCAUGGAUAUUACCUUCCAAUCCUAGAAUGCUUUUUCAAUGGUCACAUGAUGAAGCUCAAUCAUUUGCAAGUGUCCUACAAGUUGAGCCAUUUUGCAAUUGCCUAUACAGAAAUGAGUGUAACACAUUUUCCCCUUUAUAAGAAAAAGAGUAAUCUUGUAGAACUCAUUAUAUGAGAACCUUAAAGUGGGAUACACUGGUAUGGAGUUCUAGUCAAAAUCAUAUGUAAAUGGGAGUUCAUGUAUUUUCCGCCAUUAAAAGAAAGAUUCUAAGAAAAUUCUAGAUAGAGGGGUUAAUAGAGCUUUCUUAACUAUAGGAAAACCCAAAAGCUCACCAUAAAGCAUUAGCAUUUUCUUUGUUUGUUAGUUGAGUAGCUGAUCUGGGGACCACCAUAUCCUAUAUAAUAUGCUUCAUUGCACCUUACCCCUUCCUCCCUUCUCUCUUAUUCUAUCUCUGCUCUAUACGACUCUACCUUUAUCCCACAAAUCUAAACCCUAAUAUUUCUCAAAUGCUAGACAAGCAGUUUCAAGUCGGAUGGUCCUCAAACUUCAAUGAUGCUAAUUUUCUCAACUAGGUUUCUAUGGGGUCACCGGAGCAUCGGUGGGAAAAACAAACUGCUAUGUCUGCAAUGGUUGCUUCUACCAAAGGUGUGAGCGAUUCAGCUUAGAUUUUGAAAUGUUCAAAGUUGAUGGGGGACCGCCGGUCUUGACCAAAGAUCUUGAUGGUGUCAUCUUUGGAGAUGGACAAGGGGAAGCUUGAUGUGAGUUUUGAGGGAUUGAUUGUGGGGUUUCUUCAUAAGUCUUACCUCUAUAAGAAGAGGAUUCAUGAGAAUACAGACGUUUUUAGGUAUGGAUAGGUUUUUUCUUUUUUUUGGUUACUUUUGUUGUCUAUUUGUUUGUCAAGACAAUGAAGGAAAAGAAAAGAAACGGGAAGAAAAUGUUUAGAUCGUGGACUAGUUUGAGUGGAAUUUCUUGUUUUCUUGAAUACUAUGUGAAAAGAAUUUUGAGAUUAAGUAAUUUGACUUCCUUCUUUCCUUCUACUCCAUGUUCUCAGGAACCAUAUCACUAUUCUUUUCUCUUUGUUGUUUGUUUCUUCUUUUUAUUGACCUUUAACCUUGUGAAUGCCUAAUGGUUUUUUCAAGAUUAGUGUCAAAGAGUCUUGGUCCUUAUAUAGGCUUUGAUAUCUGCAUUUGUUUGUCUUUUUUCUAUUGUGCUCUAUUUGGUUGCUGAGAACUUGGAGUAAAUGAAGGAAAAUCUAGCAAAUGCUAUAGCUAGGCACAACUAAGUGAUUGUCUUUGGCUUGUCAAUAAGGAAAAUUUGUAAAAGCAAAUUUUACAUUCUUUUCGUGUCCUACAACUUCUCAUUUCCAUGAUGCCUACAUCCACACUCCCUUCCUCCUUUUGCUUUUGAAACUGUCAUCAGAUCUAGGUUUUCUUUGGGAGCUAAUUAGCAUUUAAAAAUUAAUACAAAAGUUUCCUAUAUGGACACUAGAGGCUUGAUAAUCUCUCUCUUUUUGUCUUUGAACUUUUUGGCUCUGAUUUGAAAACUACAUAUCUAAUCUACUGUUCCUUUUUAUUAUUUUCCAUAUAGCUUUUAUUUACUUUUCUUUGUUCAAUUUUCCUUUCCUUUGCUCAAUUUUCCUUUCCUUUGCCCUCUCUCUAGUUAAUGAAAAACUAGUGAAAAUAGAAGAAAAUGAGUAGCAUGUUAUUUUGUUAUUUAGGUUCUCAAAAAAUGGAAAGACCGCUCAAUUGAGUCAAUCAGUUGUGCUUGAUUGAGGCCUUUUGUUUAUUCAAAUGAAAAAAAAAAAUUUGAAAAUCUAAGGUUCACAGGUUUAUUUCCUUCUUUUAUCUUGUUUUUUGGGAAGAUUGUGCUUUUGGGUUGGAGAAUGGCUUUGUGCUAAAAGAAAAGAUGCCUUUUUAAGGCAUUUAAGAUAAAAUUUGAUGAUUUAUAUUUAUGGGAUGGCAUUUAUUUUGAUCUAAACUUCUUAUUGAUUACCUUGUUACAAAAAAUACUAAAUCACGGGAACAUUUUGGUAAAAUGAGGGGAAAGCUUAGAGAAAUGCUCCUUUUUACGUCUUUUUUGGACUAUUUGGUAGGGACACAAUCACACAACUUUGAAGGGGUGAAGUGUUUGGUUCAAUCACUUGAAGGCUGGUUCCAUGAGUUGGUAGAUGUUCAUCCCUUUAUCUUGUUUGAAUUCAUAGACUGGCUGGGGAAUUUUUGUGUUUUGGGGCCUUGUGGAUUUAUGUGAUUAUGACAUAACCAUGGACCAUGGAUAUUACCUCCUACAUAGAAUACCUUUUUAUUAGUCACACAGUAGAACUUCAUCAUUUGUUAGUGUGCUGCAAGUUGAGUCAUUUUGCAAGUGCCUACACAAAAAUGAGUCCAACACUUUUUCCCCCUUAUAAGAAACACCAUGAUCUUGUGGAACUCAUUCUAUGAGAAACAUGAAGUGGUUUAAACAAGUAUAGAGUGUUCGUGACUGGAAGCCACGGAUUCUCCGCCAUUGAAAGAAAGAUUCUGGCAAAAUUCCAAAUAGAGGGGUUGCAGGAGCUUUCGUCACUGUAGGAAAAUCACGAAGUUCACCAUAAAAAAUAAUCAUUUUCUUUGCUUGUUAGUGGAGUGGCUGAUCUGGGGACCACAAUACCCUAUAUAUACCUCCCAUGCACUUUAGCCCUCCCCUUCUCUCACUCUCUCUGCUAUGUACAAUUCUACCUUUAACCUGUCUAAACCUUAACAUUUCUCAAAUGCCGAUGAAGCGCCCACGGGUUGGUAGGUCGUCAAGCUUUGACGAUGCUAGUUUUCUUAGCCAGGUAUCUCCACUGGCUAUGGGGUCGCCGGACCUCCGAUGGGAGAAGCACAGUGCUAUAGCUGUGGAAACUGCUUCAGCUAAUGGGGCAAGCGAUUCAGCUAAGAUUUUGAAGCCUUCAGAGCUGGUGGCAGACCACCAGUCUCAACCAAAGAUUCUGACAGUGGCAUCUCCAGAGACGGAGAAGGGGGAGUUUGAUGAGAGUUUUGAGGGCCCCAUUGGUGGAUUCCUCCAGAAGUGUUACUAUUGCAAGAAGAAGAUCCAUGAGAAUGCUGAAGUUUUUAUGUAUGGUUACCUGCAUGCAUUUUGCACCUCUGACUGCCGUGACAGACAGAUCAUCUUUGACAAGGAGCUGGAGAAAGCAUCUGCAAAACCAAUAGAAGCCAUGAAUGAGCACCGCAGGGUGAGCCGUAUGAAGAAUCAGUUUGGUUUUCAACUGGAAAAGAAGGCAGCUCCAUAGGCUCAUAAUUGCAUGUACUAACUGUGGUGGUGCAUAGCUGUCAGGUUUUUAAGAUUAGCUUGCACGUUUGCAUAGAAUGGGCUUCUUGCCUUUAGUUUCUCAUGGUUGUCAUAUCACUGGGUCUUGUAUAGUUCUGCAUGUUUGUUUUAGGGUCAGAAGUACCAUGUUUGUGAGGAGUUGAACUUGUUUCUGUAUUUUGGUUUAGCUUUCAGUGGAGAUGGUUUCCAUUAUAUUACAAUAUGAUGCAUAUGUGGUGAAAGAUACUGAAGUAGUACUGAAAUGUAUUACAAAGUCAUGUAUGUUCUAAAUGCAGUUUUGAUCUUAUUAAUAUGCAUCUGCUACUGGAAUAGCUACUUUCUGCA